CUUGGGUGCCUUUGGCAGUUUUUGGCGCUGGGGCGUUGUGGCGGCGGCAUUGGACGAGGCGCGUCCUUCUGGGGCCCAGACCCUGGCGCAUUCCUUCCUGUUUCAAGGCGAGGUGGGUGGCCGACGUGUGGCCGCCCAACGGUCGCUAGGCCCUCGGUGCCUUGUGGCAGGUGUCCUCAUCUCGAGCCUCCACCGUAGGGGGGCGCUUUGUGCAGGCCCUCGGAGGCUUGUUGAAAGCAUCGCGGGGGGCCUGAGCCGUUUUGCUCGGGCAGUUUUUGCGCUCACGUGCGCCCGAUUGCGCCCUCCCCGAUGACUACAGGCAUCGUGAGACGUGUGUGUGACGGCGGCUUCGGCUUCAUUAGCAGGGAAGGUGGCGCCGACUUGUUUUUUCACAACAGCGACGUGGUUGGGAAGAAAGCUUUGAUCACGGAUGAUAGAGUCUCGUUCGUGUUGGGGAUCCAAACCAAAGGAACAAAAAAGGGACAACCAUGCGCCAAGCAAGUUCAGCUUCUUGGACAGAGUGGCCGAGAAGCUGACUGGUUCGACGCAGUCAUGCGAGACGAUGUGUCUCUCAUUCAUCGAAUGGCGUCUGAUGGCCAGGAUGUGAAUGCUCUCGACAGGGACAUCAAUAUUUGCAACAGGUGUAACGGCAGCGGUCAAGGGCAAGGAGGCUAUUCAGGGAAAGACAUUCAGGUAUCGAGACGCGUUUGGAUAUGUGGCGAAUGCGAGGGCAAUAAGCGCGUAGCUACUCUGCAGUCCGCAGUUGAUAAGGCAAUCGCUCACACCAAGCCGAAUUCCCUUGGCGCUCUGAUUUCUUUGAAGGCACACGUUAACCAGAAACACCUCGAACUUGCAGCCUUGAGCAACAGCACGGCGAUCGUGAAGAUGCUCAUCGAUGCUGGAGUCGAUCCCAACAUUCGCGUGGCCAUGCACGAAUAUGACGAAGACGAAUAUUGCGACUACAUUGAGUGCGUCCCCAUAGAACAUUCCAACAAGUUGAGCGCGGAGACCAAGCGACUUUUCAUUGAGUGCAAGUCGCAGGUUGUAGCGUUGUCGCUGAUCGUUCUGGCAAAGGAGCAGGGCUCGGUGGAGUUGAGCUUCACGUAUGCGAGUGGACGUCUGGCCGUUCCCGCAAAGGAGUUCCUUCUUGAUGAGCCGCCAAGCUGCAUUUGGCAGCAUGUUGCCGAUUCUGCAGAGAAGCCGUCCCACGUUUGGAUGAUCAGAGCAGGGAAUCUCCAGAUGAUUCUGCCAGACGGGCGCAGUGUCUCUCGCAGGAGCUCCGUGGAGAUCCGCAGCCUGAAGGACCUCUUGUGGCCAGACGGGUGCGCCGCAGACUGAGCUGUGCCAGCACUGGCAGGAAGAGGAGGAGGAGCAGGAGCAGAGCCUCUGCAUGCGAUGGGCACACCGGGGCCGCAUGCCUCCACAAAGGCUGCCGUGGCCCUCGCGUCGCGUUCCGCACUCGACGGUCUGAUUCGGCCCGGCAGCAGGCAUCUCCGGUCCUGCCGUGCAGUUAUGUCGUCGUUUUUAUUAUUUUCAUGUUAUGUGAUGAUGGCCUUAGGCUGGCGCGCAUCUGCAAAGCAGACGUGCGCGGCCACGCCGCCGCUUCUGUUGCUCGGGGGCAGACCGCGUCCUCGGUGUGCUGGCCGGCCUGCUUUGCUCGCUUCUGUCGCCGCUCCUUCCCUCUGCGUGAUGCUUACAGGCUGGCCAUUGCCGUCGUGCGAUAAGUCGAUCUGUCGGAAGCCCAAGCAGCCUACAAAGAAUGGCCCAGUAGGCCAGAGCAAACGAGGCUUCCUGGACAACUCCAGAGCCUUCCCCCUUUCUCCUCCUCGUCGUCCUCUUCUCGGUGUCACCCCAACAUGCUAAUGCUAUGUGUGCGUCGCCUCCCCAGGGGCGACGUGCGCACCGAGG